UUUCUUGCGAAAAUGAACGGUCCAACAUGAAGGACAGUUAGACUAGCUUAUAUUAAAGUAGUUAUUCAAAUAUGAUAUAUCUUUGGCUCCGAAUAAUAUUACCAAACUUAGGAAUCAAACAUUGUAUGGUUUAAUUUUAUAGCUACGGUAGCUAGUACUUCACAAGUCUCGUACAAAGUUAUUGGAAGUCAAAUGAUGAUGGACAGUUAUAAGGCCAGCCUGGCGUGCUGGUCAGCGACAGAUGUCACUAAGUACAAAUCAAGCAGCAUCAAAUCAGCUGAACUAGCUAGCUAACCAAAUUGAGUUAGCUAGCUAGCGAUUCGAUUGAUUCACAAGCGCUUCAUUUGAGGAACUUAUCUUCCUAGCUAGCUAACUAGUUUAAAGUCCAAAGUUCUUAGGGUAAAUUAAUGCAAUAUUGCUCGCUGGCUAGCACAACAUAGCUAAGAGAUAGCUAGACUUGCUAAGUUUGAGAAGUCGACUGUGUAUAGCUAGUUAGCUAGCUAGGAGUUUAAUGUCCCUGACGACAUGCUAGCUUUCUAGCUAGAAUACCUUGCGUAGGAAUGUUUUUGGUAACAGCUUCUAGCUCCUUUUAAAACUAAUGGGCUAUUAGGAAGAUAGUUGAGUGGAAUACAUUUCUUAGAUCUUCACAUCUAUCAGAACUCUGGCCAUAAUGGAGGCCAGUGAUGACGAUGUGCCCCUCAUCCUAACCUGGGACGAUGCGAACAGCGGUUUGCUAAGCGAUGAGAUGGAGAGAGGAGACACGGAGAGAGGCGAUGAGAAUGGAGGAGGAGGCUAUGACAUUGCGAACAACGCUGUGAUUCCCACGCCGGGACCACAGAACCACAGGCCCCAGAAUGCAUCACUGCGACAUAGCUGGGAGAUGAAUUACCAAGAAGCAGCUAUCUACCUGCAGGAAGGAGAGAACAAUGACAAGUUCUUCACGCAUCCGCGGAGCCCCAAAGCGCUGGCUGCUUACCUGUUUGCCCACAACCACCUGUUCUACAUGAUGGAGCUUCUCACAGGGCUGCUGCUCAUGGUGCUGUCGCUGUGCGAGGCCCCCGCCGUCCCCUCGCUACGGCUCGACGUCUACGUCCACGCCACGCUGGAGCUGCUGGCCCUGGUCAUGGUGGCCUUCGAGCUCUGCAUGAAGCUGCGCUGGCUCGGCUUCCACACCUUCAUACGCCACAAGAGGACCAUGGUGAAGACUUGUGUGUUGUUGCUCCAGUUCGUGGAGGCCAUAGUGGUUCUGAUCCGCCAAACGUCUCACCUCCGCGUGACCCGGGCUCUCAGACCCAUCUUCCUGGUGGACUGCAGAUACUGUGGCGCUGUCCGCAGAAACCUGCGUCAGAUCUUCCAGUCCCUCCCACCUUUUAUUGACAUUCUUCUGCUGCUGCUCUUCUUCAUGGUUAUCUUUGCUAUCCUGGGUUUCUGUCUGUUCUCCCCAAACACUGCUGAUCCGUACUUCAGCACUCUGGAGAACAGCAUUGUCAGUCUGUUUGUGCUCCUGACCACAGCAAAUUUUCCGGACGUAAUGAUGCCGGCGUACUCAAGGAACCGCUGGUCCUGCGUCUUCUUCAUAGUCUACCUCUCCAUAGAGCUGUACUUCAUCAUGAACCUGCUCCUAGCUGUGGUGUUUGACACCUUUAACGGGGUGGAGAAGAUGAAGUUCAAAUCCCUGCUGCUACACAAGCGCUCCGCCAUCGACCACGCCUUUCAACUACUGGUCAGCCGGCAGAGGCCGAUGGGUGUGUCGCUGAAGCAGUUUGACGGUCUGAUGCGUUUCUACAGACCACGGAUGUCUGCCAGGGAUCGCUUCCUCACCUAUAAGGCUCUGAACACAGCUGGGGCACCUAUGCUCAGCCUGGACGACUUCUACAAGUUCUAUGAGGUCAUCGGACUCAAGUGGAAGGCACGGCGGAGUGGGGAGCACUGGUUUGAUGACCUUCCAAACACCACCUUUCUCAUCUUCAAAGGCAUCAACAUGCUGGUGAAGUCGAAGGCCUUCCAGUACACUAUGUAUGUGGUGGUGGCUUUCAACGGUGUGUGGAUCCUAGUGGAAACCUACAUGCUGAACAGUGGAUACUCCUGGUCCCGUGCCGUCCCUUUGAGUUACAUUAUCUUCCUCACCAUCUACGGCGUGGAGGUUCUGCUGAAGAUCACAGGCCUGGGACCCAUGGCCUACUUCAGCUCUGGCUGGAACCUGUUUGACUUCUCCGUCACGGUGUUCGCCUUUCUGGGCUUGAUUGCUCUGGCCUUCGACAUGGAGCCUUUCUACUUCAUCGUGGUGCUCAGGCCACUGCAGCUCCUCAGGCUGUUUAAGAUCAAGCAGAGGUACCGAAACGUUUUGGACACCAUGUUUGAACUCUUCCCCAGGAUGGCCAGCCUGGGCCUGACCCUCAUCAUCUUCUACUACUCCUUUGCCAUCGUGGGGAUGGAGUUCUUCGCUGAUGUCGUCUUCCCAAACUGCUGCAACACCAGUACGGUAGCAGACUCCUACAGACAGAUCAACGUCACCGUGGGCAACAAGACGGUCCUGGAGGAAGGCUACUACUAUCUCAACAAUUUCAAUAAUAUUCUCAGCAGCUUCGUUACUCUGUUUGAGCUCACGGUGGUCAAUAACUGGUACAUCACCAUGGAAGGAGUGACGUCCAUGACCACUCACUGGAGUCGCCUCUACUUCAUGACCUUCUAUAUUGUUACCAUGGUGGUGAUGACCAUCAUCGUGGCGUUCAUCCUGGACGCGUUUGUGUUCCGUAUGAACUACAGUCGCAAGAACAGAGAGCCUGUGGAGGACCCGGAGGAUGAGAACGGCAUCGUGUUUGAGGCGGAGGUGAGUCGUGACGAGGCUCUGACCACUCUGGAGCUGUACAAGCAGACCAGCCCUGGACUGUCCUCCCUCAACUCUCUACAGGGAGUCCUGCUGGCCAUGGACCGCAGCGGGCACUUGUCUCUGGUGUACCUGGGGCGGAGGUCCAGGACCAAGAGUGACCUCAGCAUGAAGAUGUACGAGGAGGAGAUCCAGGAGUGGUAUGCUGAGUACUCCAGAGAGAACCUGCCCCAGACAGACUGUAUCGUGGAGAGACCGCUGGAGAGACUGCUGGAGAGACCGCUGGAGAGCCCCGGCCCGUCGCCUUCACCUGAGCCCCAGCGCAACGCCCUCACAGGGACUAUCAUCUAACAGACACGCUCGCCUCAGACCUGUCUCAUCCCCCCCCUCUCGCCUCGCACUCCCGCCACAGCCGAACGGCCCUGUGGGUAAGGAGGAACCACAGACUCUCCCCCCUCCCGCCUCAUCUCCAGGUGGGAUGUCACCUGACCAACAACCAAGGCCUUGGGCUGCCCCUGGCCUGCUACAGACCCCCCCGCCCCCCUCCCUAGUGUGGUGAAGGCAAGUGGCUGCUUCUCGUAUGUUGAGACCAGAUAACCGUCUUUCACCUCAUAACAUGCCCUAGUUUAGAGGCACAAUGUUAAAACCAGGUAGGAUGACCGCCCCGCGACACUCCAGUCCAACACACAGCUCUCAGAUCAGUCCCUGCCCUGUAACAACCUACAGCUACAAUAUAUCUCCUAACCAAAUGGAAGAUUUUACUUUUAUAUCUUGUUAUUCUGUAAGUGUAUUAUAAUGUAUCUGGUGUAUUGAAUAAUGAAUAAUUUUAUUAAACUGUUCACUUUCUCAAGUGAAUUUGUGUA